AUGGUACAAAGACCUCCUUACUUACCCCUUCUUCGGCUGGAGCUCGGCGAGCGAGAGGCGGCGCUGGCGCUUGAGCGCGAUGGCGGCACGGCCGUGGCUGUGAACGUGUUAAAAUGGGUAGAAGAAGCGGUGCAGGCCUCCAAAGUUCACCUCUUAUCCACAGAUCAUUUGGAACAUGCUGUAAAUACUUGGAAAAUUCCUUUUGACCCCAGCCUAAAAGAGGUCACUGUGUCUCUGAGUGGUCCUUCUCCGAUGAUUGAAAUUCGCAAUCCUUUAGCAUUCUGCAAUUUACCAUACUGGUUAUGGUUUAGUGUGACCAGCAUCCUGGAUCAACUGCUGACUGGGUUUGUCAUUAAACAUUUUCAGACCUCUAGCAGUGGAAGGCACUCUGUUCGCAUCACUGGCCUCAGUACUAUUGAUUUCCGAGCUGGCUUUUCCCGAAAGCCCACCCUGGACUUCAAAAAAACAGUCAGCAGACCAGUGCAAGGAAUACCUACCUAUGUGCUGCUGAAUACUUCCGGAAUUUCCAUUCCAGCUAGAGUAGAUCGUCUUGAACUUCUGAGUAUCUCAGGAAGUUCUCUUAAGACCAUUCCUGUUAAAUAUUACCCAGAUCAAAAACCUUAUGGCAUAUGGAAUAUUUCCGACUUUAUACCACCGAAUGAAGCUUUCUUUCUCAAAGUAACAGGCUAUGAUAAAGAUGAUUACCUCUUCCAGAGAGUAUCAAGUGUUUCUUUUUCUAGUAUUGUCCCAGAUGCUCCCAAAGUUACAAUGCCCAAGAAAACCCCAGGGUACUACCUGCAGCCAGGCCGAAUUCUCUGCUCUGUUGAGAGUCUUCUGCCCUUUACCUUGAGCUUUGUCAAAGAUGGAGUUACACUUGGAGUAGACCAGUAUUUCAAAGAAUCUGCCAGUGUGAACUGGGAUAUUGAAAAGGUCACUUUGUCUGAUGAAGGCUCCUAUGAAUGCAUCGCUGUCAGCAGUGCAGGGACUGGACAGGCACAGACAUUUUUUGACGUAUCAGCAUGUGUAGUUCUUCAGCAUUUCAGAAUUGAUGGACUCCAGAUGGAAUCACAAUUUGAACUUACUGGCCAUGGCCACUCUGCCCUUGACCUCACACAUUUCUCUAGCCCUGUGUUCUCCGAGAGGAAUCCAUGGAAUAAUGAAGCUAUCAACCAAGUCCACAGGCCGGAAAAAUUCUUCAAACAUUAA